UGUGUUGAUGGUAUGAGCCAUAAAUCAAUGAGCGUGGUCAUUAAUAGUAAACCCACAAGUUCAAUUGUAAAAAUGUGAUUAGUCGAAUUUAAAUUUCUAACGAAUUGGGUAUUGUGUGAAGGUAUUGUCACAAAGAAACGGUCAGUGUAUAGGUGAUUUUGAGAAUUAUGUUUGUCAGACCUUCUUGAAACUAGAUUCAACUAACAAAUGGCGACCCAGGUAGUGUCUGACAUGUCCAUGAAGACUGUAUUCCAUACUGGUCCCGUGACAGCGUUAUAUAUCAUCAAGGGGCAUGUGUUAGCAGGGAUAGGAGGCAGUGUGUAUGUGUUUCAUACAGACAGGAAGGAGCGGGUGGCCUUGCAGUAUGUGCUUCCAUGCAGGAACAUCCAUGGGAUUAUCAGGGAUUUAACAGGAAAUAUAUUUUGUGCCUUCGGAGAGAAGUGUUUCAGAAUUUUCUCUGUAUCAACUGACCCUGAAAUAAGAGUUGACUGUCAUGAUGAAGCCGUUGUCUUGGAAGACUGGAUUCUUGAUCUCAGGUUUAUGGCAGAGCCCAAGUCUCAGCGAUGUGCUCAACUGGCUGUGACUGUGGCUCACAAUGUGAUUCUACUGUGGGACAUAGCAUCAAGGAUGCUGCUAGAGAGGGUGGACUGCACGGAGAAGUGCAUUCUUUACUGCGCUCACUUUAUCAACUCUUCCUGGCCCACCCUGGUCCUUGCUGCAGGGACAGUGUUCAAUCAGGUGAUCAUCUGGUCCCCUCACAGAACUAGGAAUGAUCAUGGACAAAGGGAGGUAAUCCACAGGCUCAAGGGGCAUCAGGGUGUGAUAUUUUCAAUUGACUACAACCCAAAGUCCAGCAUCCUGGCAUCCGUCUCAGACGACCGCACAAUACGACUGUGGAAACUGACCUUUCCCUCAGAGAGCCUUGACCCUUCCGUCUCAGCCUGGUGUGGGAUGGAGAGUAGUCCAUUGCUGACCUUGUAUGGACACUCGGCCCGCGUUUGGGACAUAGAGCUGCUGGCGGAAAUCUUUGUCAGUAUAGGAGAGGAUGCGACAUGUAUAGUUUGGGACUAUGCUGGCAAUAUACUACACAAGUUCAAAGGUCACAAGGAGAAAAGUAUUUGGAGUCUUGCCUGUGACAAAAGUGGAAAUUUUGUGGUGUCGGGAGGAGGCGACGCCAGCAUCAGGAUGUGGCUGCUGGAUGAUGAUGACCGUCACCAGGAGGCGCCACAGUUGUGUCUGUCUGUACCCUCUCACUUACAGGGUGAGAAGGAUGACUUUGCAAGGAGCGUCGCCAUGUGUGGGGUGGACAUUGUUAUCAUCAUGACCAAUGGAGGGUGUCUCCUGCAAUACAGCGUCUCAUCUCGUACCUGGACGUGUCUGUAUCAAGAUGCACUCUUCUCCUCCUACACUGUCAUGGCUGUCUCCCCUAGCAACACUCUUGUUGCUAUUGGUAACAUAACUGGCACUGUCAAGGUCUUUGAUGUUGGUACUUGUGAACUGUGCAGUGGUGGUCAGAUGUUUGAAGGGAAAGUGUUUGGACUUACCUGGGUGGACAAAGAGCACCUGCUGAUAACUGGGCCACAGGGGGUGAUGUACAUUCUGUCAGCCCCCUCCCUCAGCAAGGCUGCCUGCCUGACCCUGCCGGUUUGUAAACAGAGGUGGGCGUCAGCAGGUGCUCUGUGUGCUGACCUGGGGGUACUGGUGUGUGGAGACCGGGAAGGGACUGUACACUGCUACCACAUCAUCCAGGGGGCCCAGGAAGCCCCCACCCUCCCAUCAUCAAGUUUUGCAAAGAUUCAUGGGAAGGCUGGUGUUACAGAUGUCUGUUACCAUGGCAACACUGUAUACACAUCUGGCCGUGAUGGGCAGUACAGACAGUGGGACCUGACAGACAGGGAGCUCAAGCUGAGGAGUUCACACAGGGUGAUGAAGGGGAUGGACUGGAUAGACCGGCUACAGGUGACGGCAGACGACACGUUGGUCUACGGCUUCCACUCAUCUCGCUUUACGCUUUGGAGUGUGACACAGAAUCUACGACUGAUGGACGUUGAGUGUGGAGGAGGACAUCGAGCCUGGGACUGUCAGCUGAACGGGAAGAUCGCGAGGUUUGUUUACCUGAAGACGAAACACAUCCUGGUCUGUGACACAACUUGCAGGUCAAGACAGGUCAUUCUCAAGGGGUGUCUCCAUGGCCGAGAGUUGUGUGAUGUCCGGCAUAUCACAACCUACCGAGGAAAGGAUGGUAACUCUGUGCACAUCCUUGCAACUUGCAGUGAGGAUACGACAGUACAACUGGUGUCUAUUUCUUCACACAGGGGAAUAUCCCAACUCACAGUCCAUCACACACUCCAAGGUCACCUGUCCACUGUAAAGACACUUGCUGUUAGUUCUUCUACCAAAGGUCGAGGUCAUUUACAAGUUUGUGAAAAUAUAAUCUUCUCUGCUGGGGGUCGUGCCCAGAUACAGGUAUGGAAGGUGAAGGUCAACACUAUAAACAUGUCAAAAGGUAUCAUCUCCAAAGAGAGUGACCAAGGGGAGAUAACCAAUGUGAAAGAUGCAACACUGGAACGUAAGCUCCUGUUGAGAGACGAUAGUCACAUUUCCCAGUCAGAUGGUGACAGUCCAUGUUCCUAUGAACACCUGUCCUCAGUGUUCCUGUGUGGGGAGAGGUAUCGUGGGAACAGAUCGGCGGAUGGAAGUCAGUCGGACCCCGAGACGCGGGUGCUGUGUCUGACUGCUCUGUGUCUGAGGGAUGUGUCUGUGGACUAUCCAGACUCUUUAUACAUCGUGGGUGCAGCAUGCUCUGAUGCCAUCGUCAGGUUGUUUGGUUUUGAUGAGAGCCAUAAAUCUUUGACACUCCUACAACAAUCAAGUUUCCAUGACAACUGUGUGUUGAAGGUCAAUCACAUCAUCCACAAAUCACAUUCAAGGUCAAGGGUCAUAUUGCUGUCAGCUGCAACUGGCGGAGAGAUUGCAUUGUGGGACAUCAGCCAUAUAUGUCAAACAUACGCAGAAACCUGUUCGUCACGUGAAACACGUUCACACCAGACACAUAUAUCAGGACAAGAAAUAGAUCGUGAACAAAUGGAAGAACACUUAAAACAUAAGUCAGCAAAUGAGUCAGUUGAUUCUGAAAGGACAUCGUCCCUGCUCAACUCAGCUGAAGAUCGUAACACGACCGGGUCUGUUGCCGAGUCACGACGAGUGUACUCCAGUCGGCAGUGUCUGCGGACAUUAGAUGAAUCAUUGCAGCGUCCCAUGAAGCCUGCUGCUACAGUAAAGUGCCAUCAGUCUGGGGUGAAUUCCGUGCAUGUCUUCAGUCUUGGAGGUGAUAGAUACCUGAUUGGGAGUGGCGGUGAUGACAACUGUCUGACGGUCACUUCCAUACACGUCACUGCUGCGGGAGAUGGGAUGGACGUAUAUGUGGAGAAGUGUUGGAAGAACGUCCACGCCCAUGCAGCACAGAUCACAGGUGUGUGGAUUCUCUCUGACUGGCUUGUUGUUAGUGCAUCCAUUGAUCAGAGGGUGUGCGUGUGGGAACUCUCGGAUGCUGAUUCCCAUCAUUUCAAGAUGGUUGCCUGUCAGUAUGUGCACUUCUCAGACAUUUCAAACAUGGACGUCUUUCACGAAGGGUCUAUGGUAUACAUGUUUCUGUGUGGCGAGGGACUCAACGUUUUACAUAUAGACACAGGAGAAAUGGAAAAGAAAAAAUGAGAAAACACUGUAAUAUUUAUCAGAGAAAGAAUAAACAACUCACCUGAGUAUGUGAGCCUGUUUCA